UUAGUAUGCAUACGAUUAUCAGUAUGCUGCCAGAGCAACGACACUCCAAUUCACCCCCGCGUCUGUCAUUCAUUAUCGUCUUUACGUAAAAGCAAUUCCAUCUGCAGUCAUACUGGGAAUUUGGAUCAAUAUUAACCACCACGAGCAACAGCUAUAUAACCAAAAAUUGUCAUGUGGACGAAGACGGUGUUCUCAAUCUGAAAGGGAAAUAGAACUGGUACUAGUACUGUAACAAUGGCUAAUUGCAGCAGGCUAUCGCUCUUCAUCAAGCGWCUUUUUCUGUACAUAAUAUACACAUUUCUAGGGACGGCAACGUUCUUUUUCAUAGAAAAGGAGAACUCCGAUAGAAUUCGGAAAGAGAAAGAGAUCCUUCGAUCAAAUCUUUCAAACAAAUUGAAGCAGCAAUUUAACAUUUCGCAAAAAGAAUUUCAAAGUUUGAUGAGCGAGUUUAAAGCAGCUAUUCAGKAUGAUUCAGAGYUGGAAUGGACAGUGAUGAAUUCUCAUUAYUUUGUGAUGCAGCUACUGACUACUAUUGGCUAUGGUAAUAUUACUCCAAAGACUGCAACUGGACGUGUAUGGUGUAUUCCUUAUGCUUUAAUAGGAAUCCCAUUAACAGCUUUGUUUCUCCAAACUGUUGGUACAACAUUCUCUUCACUAGAAAAAAGGUUUAUCGUUGCUUUUGAAUGUAAAGUUCUCAAGCGAUCUCCCCCAAUAAAAAGCUUGUCACGUAAAUCUUUGGCAUUGACGAYUSUCUCUGUUGUUUUGAUCUUGGUUUAUGGCGCUCUCCUCUACACUUUUUACGAGGAAAAAGGCCCACUGACUGAUGGCUUUUAUGCGUGGACAAUAACAUUAACAACUGUUGGGUUUGGUGACAAAUUGGCUGCAAGUCCCAAGCCAGAUAAAUUUCCUCAUCYAAUGGAGAUAUUCCAGCUKAUGAUGGCGUUCCUGGGAUUGUGUGUUGUGACUGUGGGCAUCAAUAAUGCUUCGGAUUGCAUCMGAGAGRCAGCAAUYAAAAUGGACAACUUUGAGCGAGAUUUUUGUUGUCUUUGUUGUAAAAAUUCAAAAGUAAGAACGAAUGAUUGUGUUCAUGACACUCAAGAAACAAUAGACGAAGAGCUGUGAGUUUAUGUUAUAUUGUUUCAUUGUUUUCUGCAAAUAACAAAUACAGACAUGUAAAUAAUAUUAAAAGUGAAAGCUAAGUGUC